UUCUUUCGAUAAAAUACCACAUUAGCAUAGUACCUAACUUAAUUAUAUUUAACGAGGUAAUUAUUUUUGCAACGAAAAAUUAGCACGGUCAUAGAACUUCAUUAAAGGUCAUUAGCCUUAUUACCUCGCUUAAGUUCAAAAUUUUAACUGAAGGUCACAAUAUAUACUUAUACUGUCACAACGUCCUCGGUAGUGUAGUGGUCAGUAUCCCUGCCUGUCACGCGGGAGACCCUAAUUUUUCUUUUUUAAUUUGUUUUUAAUGGUCAUUUAAUAAUUAAAAGUUUGGUCUCUAAAUUCAGUGCUGUGCUAAUCAUGGAGAAGGAAAGAAGUCUCGAAAUUACGCAAAUUAUGAACCCAAUCGGACAAUGUAUAAAGACCGUGCUGCUUAGGGCAUGCAUCGAGAAGAGGCUGACCGUAGGGCUCCUGCCCGCGAUCCAGUAUCUCUCCAGCAACUGCAAUGGAGCCCUAUUCUGCCUGACCGCGGAGGCGCCACCUGGCGACAGCGCGACUCAUAUGCAAGAAGUCCUGUUGCAGGCCUUCUGUGUGGAAAAUGACAUUCAUGUCAUCAAGGUUGAUUCAGCGACCAAAUUGAAGAAGUUGUUGGGGUGCUGCUCAUCAGGGGUGGACUUCAGCUGCGUGUUGGUCCACUACCCAUACACAGACCCCUUUAGUGACAGCCAGGAAAUCGACCUGUCAAUCCUCACAGACUCCGAGAGAGACCUCAUUGACCACUGCGAGACCAACUGGGGAUACUCACAGAUGCCAGUCAUCAAGCUGCCAGAAAAGUGAAUCUAACAAACCGAAAUUUGUCAAGAGA